CCAGGUCCUACUGUCUGUCUCUUUCCAGGCAUUUAAUACCUCCAAGAUUCAGGUUUGCUUUUACAUCUCUUCCUUGCACAUCCCUGACAACAGAGCCUAUUGACAGCUGUCUUAAUUGAAGAACAAUAAUUCACGAGGAAUAUGUACACCCUCUUUCUCUUUGUAGUGGGCUCCUUUUAUUUUAACGGAAGCACCGCAGCGGAUGCUGAAGAAAAGCUAAUGAGCCACCUACUGAGUCCUGACAGGUACAAUAAGUUAAUUCGACCAGCUGUCAACUCAUCCCAGUUGGUUUCCAUAGAACUGCAGGUUUCCCUGGCACAGCUCAUCAGCGUGAAUGAACGGGAGCAGAUAAUGACCACAAACGUCUGGCUGAACCAGGAGUGGAUUGAUUAUCGUUUGGCUUGGAAGCCUUCUGACUAUGAAGGAAUAAACAAGCUGAGAAUACCUGCAAAACACAUCUGGUUGCCAGACAUUGUCCUUUACAAUAAUGCGGAUGGCACAUACGAAGUUUCACUAUACACAAAUGCAAUUGUAAAGAAUAAUGGAAGUAUUCGCUGGUUGCCACCAGCCAUUUACAAGAGUGCCUGCAAGAUUGAAGUUAAGCAUUUCCCAUUUGAUCAACAAAACUGCACAUUAAAGUUCCGGUCUUGGACAUACGAUCACACAGAAAUUGAUAUGGUGCUUAAAACUUCCAUGGCAAGUAUGGAUGACUUUACGCCAAGUGGAGAGUGGGACAUCGUAGCACUCCCAGGAAGAAGGACUGUAAAUCCUUCGGACCCCAAUUAUGUUGAUGUGACAUAUGACUUCAUUAUUAAAAGGAAACCUCUUUUUUAUACCAUCAAUCUUAUCAUUCCCUGUGUGCUAAUUACAUCAUUAGCCAUCCUGGUGUUCUACUUGCCUUCAGACUGUGGUGAAAAAAUGACCUUAUGCAUAUCUGUGUUGCUUGCUUUGACUGUGUUCUUGCUGCUAAUCUCCAAAAUUGUCCCUCCAACCUCUCUAGAUGUUCCACUGAUUGGGAAGUAUCUCAUGUUUACAAUGGUACUAGUGACCUUCUCAAUAGUUACCAGUGUCUGUGUACUCAACGUCCACCACAGAUCUCCAAGUACUCACACUAUGCCCCCUUGGGUAAAGCUGGUUUUCCUUGAAAGACUCCCAGCCUAUCUGUUCAUGAAGCGUCCAGAAAAUAAUUCUCCACGGCAAAAGCUGAGCAACUACAAAAAGACAAAAGCAGAGAAUCCUUGUACAGAGCCAGCCGAUUUCUACAAGAGCUCUACAUAUUUCUUGAAUACAGCCUCUGCCAAAAAAUACGAUAUGAAAAUCACAGAGACUCUUGACAAUGUCAGCAGUCAUCGAGAUUUUAGGUUAAGAACAGGCACAAAAUUUUCUCCUGAAGUCCAAGAAGCAAUUGAUGGAGUCAGUUUUAUAGCAGAGCACAUGAAAAGUGAUGACAAUGACCAGAGCGUCAUUGAAGAUUGGAAGUAUGUUGCCAUGGUAGUGGACAGGCUGUUUCUCUGGAUAUUCGUCCUUGUUUGUGUCCUGGGGACUGUUGGAUUAUUUCUGCAGCCACUUUUUCAAAAUCACACCGCUGCCAUGAACCCUUAG